AUGGAUGUGACCCAGGAAGCUGAUGCUACGAGAUCGCAGGUUGUACAUCAUAUAGAUCCUGCGCUGGAGCCAGAGAAUCAGCAUCACCAUGCUCAUCAACACCAUACCGCCUUCGCCGAACAGGGACGUCAGGAUGAAGUGGUUUAUUCCAAGGAUGCCCAAUUUGAGAAAGGAAUCGUACCUGAACAAACACCUCUGGACCACGGCAGCAAGAAUUUCAAUGAUCCAGAAGCUGGCGAGAAUUUCCCAGCCCAGCGCAUCUGGUAUCGCCGUGUGAAAAAACAAUGGAGACAUAUGGCCCAUGCUGUGGUCUGGCUUUUGUUUACCGGUGGUACUGUAUGUCCUGGGCCCAAAUCGAGACUUACGCAUGCUCUUCUUCUGCCUAGCUGGUGGAUUGCCGGCCUGAUAUUACAUCGACAUGAUAUAGGAUGGCUCAUCCCAUUCCUGCUCUAUCUUGCCAUCACUUUGCGAAUAUUCUUCUUCUAUGUCCCCAUCACUAUCGUGUCAAAGCCCAUGCACUGGGUCUGGGAACGCACUGCUCACCCUUUCGUUCGCAUGAUUCCCGAGAAGAUGAGAAUACCCAGUGCCGCCGCACUAUGUAUUGGUGUGAUUCUUGUCGGCUCAUUUGUGUCCAAAGAAUCACAGGAUAACACCCGUGCCAACCGUGCAGUCAGUCUGUUCGGAAUGUUAGUCUUCAUCUUCGGGCUAUGGCUCACAUCUCGAAACCGCAAGAAGAUCGUCUGGCACACUGUCAUAGUCGGCAUGCUGGCACAAUUCAUCAUUGCUCUGUUCGUGCUCCGCACUACUACAGGCUACGACAUCUUCAACUUCAUCUCAGGCCUGGCCACGGAUCUGCUCGGCUUUGCCUCCGACGGAGUCAUCUUCUUGACCAGCGCGGACUUCUACAACUUCAACAACGGCUUUAAACCAGCGUCAUUCUUCAUCGUCGGCGUGGACUCCGCCAUCAUCUUCUUCGUCGCUUUCGUCCAGCUCUUGUACCACUAUAACAUCGUGCAAUGGUUCAUUGGCAAGGCCGCCGUCUUCUUCUUCUGGAGCAUGCGCGUUUCCGGAGCCGAAGCCGUUGUCGCUGCCGCAUCCCCCUUCAUCGGCCAAGGUGAAUCAGCCAUGCUGAUCCGUCCUUUCAUCGCCCACCUGACCAUGGCCGAGCUGCACCAAGUCAUGUGCUCCGGCUUCGCCACCAUCGCCGGAAGUGUCUUGAUCGCCUAUAUAAGUAUCGGUGUCAACCCGCAGGCAAUGGUCAGCGCCUGUGUCAUGAGUAUUCCCGCUUCGCUAGCAGUCUCCAAGUUACGUUGGCCUGAAGAGGAGGAAACCCUCACUGCAGGCCGGGUCGUCGUCCCCGAGGACAAAGAGCACCGCUCCGCGAAUGCCCUCCACGCAUUCACUAGCGGCACCUGGCUCGGCCUGAAAAUUGCUGCCAUGAUUACAUCGACCCUCCUGUGCAUCAUCGCUCUUAUCGGUCUAGUUAACGGCCUUCUCACCUGGUGGGGUCGAUACCUGAACAUCAACGACCCCCCAUUGACCCUCGAGCUGAUCGUUGGAUACAUCUGCUACCCGAUUGCCUUCCUGCUCGGCGUCUCUCGUGACGGUGACCUGCUCAAGGUUGGCAAGUUGAUUGGUACCAAGCUCGUAACCAACGAAUUCGUCGCCUAUGACGCCCUCCAACACCAUGCCGAGUACAAAGACCUCUCUGACCGUUCUCGUCUUAUUGUCACAUACGCGCUCUGUGGAUUCGCUAAUAUCGGCUCCCUCGGAAACCAAAUCGGUGUCCUGUCGCAGAUCGCGCCUGGUCGGGCCGACGAUGUGUCGCGUGUUGCAUUCAGUGCUAUGGUGACUGGAGCAAUCAGUACUUUCACCAGUGCGACUGUUGCUGGCUUGUUGAUUACCAAUGAGAAGCAGUACUUCAGUACUCCCACUUAG